CUUCGAUAUUGCCUUUCAAGUCGGAGGGCCUAUAAACUCUCACCAAACAAAACAAACCCCAAAAAUCUCAAAAAAAAAAAAAGGAUCAAUAAUAAUAAUAGAUCGCCUCCAAAGGAAAGAAAGCUCAAGAUUCUCGGGACGACAUUAUCGCCUCCAUUGCGAAAGGAAGAUGAAGCAUCUCGAUGAUACACCCUCGACUCCAGGCAAGUUCAAGAUCGACAAAUCCCCCUACUUCCUCCACCGCACGCGCUGGCAAUCAUCCGCCGCCAAGCUCGCCUUCUGGUCCCUCGUCUUCCUCGGCUUCAUCUUCAUCUUCUUCUACCGCUCCCCCUCCUCCUCCUCCUCCCUCCCCGCCGCCGACCCCUCCCGCCGCUCCCUCCGCUCCUCCCCCUCCUGGGGCGGCCCCGCCUGGGAGAAACGCGUCAGAUCCUCCGCCCACGUCCGCACCCGCUCCUCCCGCGGCGUCUCCGUCCUCGUCACCGGCGCCGCCGGUUUCGUCGGCACUCACGUCUCCUCCGCCUUGAAACGCCGCGGCGACGGCGUCCUCGGCCUCGACAACUUCAACGACUACUACGACCCUUCCCUCAAGCGAUCCCGCCAGGCCCUCCUCGAGCGCGGCGGCGUCUUCGUCGUCGAGGGCGACAUCAACGACGCCGCCCUCCUCAAGAAGCUCUUCGAGGUCGUCCCUUUCACCCACGUCAUGCACCUCGCCGCUCAGGCCGGUGUCAGGUACGCUAUGGAGAACCCUAGCUCCUACGUCCACAGCAACAUCGCUGGGUUCGUUAACCUCCUCGAGGUUUGCAAGUCGGCGAAUCCUCAGCCGGCGAUCGUGUGGGCUUCCUCUAGCUCUGUCUAUGGAUUGAACACGAAAGUGCCUUUCUCGGAGAAGGACAGAACCGAUCAGCCUGCUUCUCUUUAUGCAGCUACUAAGAAAGCUGGGGAGGAGAUUGCGCAUACUUAUAACCAUAUAUACGGUUUAUCGUUAACCGGUUUGCGGUUUUUCACGGUUUACGGUCCGUGGGGGAGACCGGACAUGGCGUACUUCUUUUUCACGAGGGAUAUUCUCAAAGGGAAGGCUAUCUCGGUGUUUGAAGGAGCUAACCACGGGACGGUUGCUAGGGAUUUUACUUACAUUGACGAUAUUGUGAAAGGGUGUUUGGGGGCUUUGGACACGGCGGAGAAGAGCACUGGGAGUGGUGGUAAGAAGCGUGGUGCGGCUCAGCUGAGGGUUUUUAAUCUGGGCAACACUUCGCCUGUUCCUGUGACUGAUCUCGUCACUAUCCUUGAGAGGCUUUUGAAAGUGAAGGCGAAGAGGAACGUUGUGAAGAUGCCGAGGAAUGGGGAUGUGCCGUUCACUCAUGCUAACAUCAGUUCGGCGCAGAGGGAGCUUGGUUAUAAGCCUACCACUGAUCUUCAGACGGGUCUUAAGAAGUUUGCUAGAUGGUAUUUGGGUUACUACAAUGGCGGAAAGAAAGCUGCGAGCUGAUUUUGAUUCAUUAUCGAUGCGAUCCUGUUCUUGACUUGUGUUUGUUGUAGCUGUGUAAGCCCCUCUUUUUUCUUUCUUUUUUUUUUUUUUUCUGAUUCUGAGAUUCUUGUGAUUGUUUCCACUUGCUCCUCCUUUUGUUGUCUUUCUUCCUUCUCCGUAUAUGUUUCUAAGCAUCCAUUUAUACUCCACGAGAGAAGCAUAAACUGAGAUUAUUACUUUUC